UUUAUAUAUCAGCAAAUAUCUGCGACUCUUGCAAGAGCAGCAUUGUGAAAACUCCUCGUUACAGUGUGACAAAAACAAACAGAAUUAAACAGGACUGCUGCUGUAUGUGAAGACUACAGAGUUUAAUCUGCAGUCGACAUGGCCAAAGCAGCAGAACAAGCCUACUACCGGUUUGUGGUCCUGUUUUUCAACUGCAUGCUGACAUUUGGCUCUUAUUUUUGCUUUGAUAUUCCCAGUGUCCUACAGGAGCAGUUUCAAGGGAAUUUGACAUGCUCGAACGGGACAUUGAGUAACAGCACUGGUAAUGGCACGGGAACCUGUGUGGAGGGUUUGGGAAUGACACCGCAGGAAUAUAAUCUGCUCUAUGCCAUCUAUGCCUGGACGAAUGCUGUAGUGGUGAUCAUGGCAGGAUUCCUUAUUGAUAAAUUGGGAAACCGCUUUGGUGUGUUCCUCUUCUCAUUCCUGACUGUGUUGGGGUCGGCCAUCUUCGCCUUGGGGUCUCAUUUUAAAGGCACGACGUACCUGUUGCCUCUCAUGUUGACUGGUCGACUUCUGUUCGGUUCUGGAAACGGAUCCCUCACCAUUGUCCAGAACCGCAUCACAGCGUUCUGGUUCCGCGGGAAAGAGCUGGCGCUUGCGUUCGGACUAACUCUGGCGUUUUCCCGCUUGGGCUCCGUACUGAACUUUUUCCUUACUCAGAGGUUCGAGUCUCAGUAUGGCAUGCAGUGGACGCUGUGGGGAGGGACGCUUCUGUGUGUACUCGGCUUCCUGUCAGCGGUGACGGUCAGCGUUCUGGAUAAGAUGGGCAUGAAGCAGCUGGGCUUGGAUGGAGUGAUGCAGGAGGAGUCACGUAAAGUGAGAGUUCAAGAUGUGAAGCGUCUGUCUCUCAGAUACUGGCUCCUGGUGCUUACCAUCAUGUUCUUUUAUAACGGGAUCUUUCCCUUCAUCGCUGAUGCCAGUAAGUUUAUCCAGGAUAAAUACAGCGGCUACAGUCAAAAGGAGGCGGCGUACAUUGCAGGUGCUGUGUAUGACAGUUCACUGGUGCUGUCUGCUGUCGUGGGAAUCCUUAUUGAUUAUGUGGGUCUGCGUGGAGUUUUUGCAGUGUUGUGUGCUGUGUUUACACUGCCUGUGUUUGGUCUUCUGGCCUUCACGUUCGUUCCUCCUCUUGUAUCAACCAUCUGGCUCGGCAUCACUUACUCAUUUGCUGCUGCAAGUAUGUGGCCUUCGAUUCCUCUGGUCGUACCCCAGGCCACACUGGGUACAGCGAUGGGACUGGCCACAUCAGUACAGAUGAUCGGCAUUGGCAUUUCUAACCUGGUGGUGGGGCAGAUACUGGGCACCAAGUCCAGUGAUGCGAAGAUCCCACUGUGGAGAUGGCAAUACAUGAUGAUCUUUAUGUUGGCCAACACCGUCAGCUGCAUCAUCACCUCCAGCAUCCUCAACAUCAUUGACUAUAGACAGGGGGCCACUCUCAAUAAGACGACUAAGAGGUCAGCAGCUGAGACAGACAGAGAACCACUGGUGAAUGAAGAAAGAGAGAAUAAUGAGGAGAUAAGCAACUCUCCAUCCAUCAACCGAACCUAAAAAGAAUUCUGCUCCUGUAUGCCUAAAGGGAAAAUAUACAAACAUACAUUUAUGAUCAAAUUAGUGUCAUAUGAUGUUUACAAUAACACACAGCCUUUGGUAUCCUGAUCUCCACAUUGUUUCGGUCUGUAUUUAAAUUCCGGACUGCCAGUUGUUUCUGUUUAUUGUAGAAGUUUUUUUUCAAUUAGACGUUUUUAUUGGCAAAAAUAUGUUUUUUAAUGGCAAAAAAUAUGUUUUUUGUCCGUUCAUUUAUUGUGUUAAGCCAUUUUAUCAGGAGAAAAUGAUUUAUGAAGAAUACAAAUAAUGUUUAAUUUUGUAUUUACAGCUGCUUACGAAAUUAUACAAUAAUUGUUUUUAAUUUUUUUAACAAAACAAAAAAAUAAAAUGU